AUGCUUCGAGGUUGCCUUCGACGGCCAUUUGCGACGUUGAGCACACCUUUGGUUACACGUCAUUCUAGGCACCUCUUCCCAUACUCGCCAAGCACGUUGCCAUGGGCAGUCUUGAGUCAGAAAGUUGGUCUACCUCAUGGUAUUGUUCUCUGCAUCAGAAAAUUGGCGCAUGCUGCAGCUGCAGCGACGGAAAGUGUUCCUGAUGAGACGGUCGCUGCUGUCCGGGGUAUUGGACCACCCAGGACGUUAUUACCACCAUCUCCUGAACAACAAAUUGCUAUUGACACAUUAUUACAUACUAAAAAGAAUAUCAUUGUUGAUGCAUGUGCUGGUUCUGGAAAAACGACCACAAUCUUGCACCUUGCACAAUCUGCACCUGAUACCAGAUUUUUAGUAUUGGUUUACAAUCGGCGCUUGAUGUUAGAGACAAAACAGAGGAUAGAAGAUUUGGGCUUGACCAAUGUGACAGUUCAAAACUACCAUACACUCGGAGCUAGGUACUACACGUCAGAAUGUGCUACCGAUCAAGGCCUCAAGCGAGUUGUGGAGGAUGAUAUGAGUAUCUUUGAAAACAUGGAACUUCCUGAUUUUUCGGUCUUGAUUCUGGACGAGCAGCAGGAUAUGACACCGAUAUUGAAACGAUUCGUGGAUAAGGUCUUACGUGACAAAGGAUUUAUUGGACCUAAUCGACAGCCUAAAGCAGAACAACCGUUGAGAGUCGUAGUCUUGGGAGAUAGACGUCAAGAAGUUUAUGGAUUUAACAAUGCCGAUUCGCGCUUCUUGUCCAUGGCUGAUCGUCCUGAAGUUUUUGGCUACAUAAAUGACCAAGAAUGGAUCCUGGCGGAUCAGACUGCCUCAAAUCGUAUGACACAAUCCAAUGUUGACUUCAUCAAUCAGCAACUUCUCAAAGAUCCCAGUGGAAAGCCCAUGCGGGCAGUAAAAUCCCAUGAUGCAUCAGGUCGACCCUAUCCUCAACCACGCUAUGUUAUAUGCGAUCCAUAUGAUGACUUAGUGCACGAGGUACAGCGACUUCUGGAACUUCCUGGCAUAUCCCCAAACGAUUUAAUAGUCCUUUCUCCAUCGGUGCGUGGUAUCUCGCCUGCAAUCUAUCUCGCUAAUGAUCUUGCACUCCGAGGAAUCCCUGUAUUCAGAUCAGACUCGGAUAUAUCAGAAAUCGCACCUGAAGUUGCUCAUGGAAAAGUAUUGAUCUGCACUUAUCAUCAAGCAAAGGGAAUCGAGCGGAAGGCCUCGAUUGUUCUUGGAUUUGAUCAGGCAUAUCACAGCUACUUCAAUAAGGUCUCCGAAGAUCCCAUUGCUGUCACUAAUCCGCAAUACGUAGCAGCUACUCGGGCACUUGAGCAUCUUGUCCUUAUUCAUGCUCACACAAACGCACCCUUGCCCUUUGUGGACCUGGACACUGUGGAUGAAACAUGCGAUUUAGUCAUGACUCGUGAUCUGGAUAUUCAAUCCCCAGGCCCUGAAAGACAAGUGCCUAUGUUCGGCGUCACUGCAUUGUGUCGAAAUGUUUCAGAAACUCUCAUAACAGACUGUCUAAGUCGUCUCGAGUUCAGAAUGCUUGCCGAACCGACUUACGGAACCUCGCCUCCACCUUCUGAAAUACAAGACAUUUAUGGUCUUGUUGAAGCUGUGGCAGCAAUUACUGGAACAGCUAUUCCUGCUAUUUACCAGUGGCGCCUAAAAAAGAGGUCGGCCAUACUUGCGGAACCUUUAAAACUUCUCGAGUCACCUAAGAGGCCAACGAAACGACGAAACCCGCUACGCGAGCUCCCGAGAGAAUUUUAUGAGAGAAUCGAGCACAUAAAAUACGCGUAUGAAACUGGAGUUAUUACAACCGGUGAUUUGUUAUAUUUAUCAAACCUUGAGAUGGCAGCAAAAGAUAAAGAUAUUACCAAGCUAUUGAGCAUUCCAUUGAUGGGGUACACAUGGAUAACAGAGACUUAUUGUAAAGAUAUUCAUUAUGUCCUAAAUACGCUACCAGGCGACGCCAAAAUUUCAGGACGAGGUAUAUUUUUCGAAAGCUUGAGGUACCGCAAAUUUCCCCUUAUCACCCACGGUGGUGGGCCUACAAGACCGUUGAAGAAAUCAGGAGUCAUAAUCACUGGCGCCAUGGAUAUAUGUCGACCCAAAAAGGAGAUCGCCGCUGUCUGGGAAAUCAAACAUUCAGAUUCCUUAUCUCCAGAGCAUCUACUACAGGUUGCUUUGUACAUGUUACUUCUCGGGGAAAAAUCAUCAGGAUUCCUCGUUUCUGCACGUACUGGUCAGACGGUGCAAGUUCUUCCCAAGACUCCGGAUUCGCUUAUGCAAAUUCUGCAAUUACUUGUGGACUCUAAAUCUGGGGGCGAACAGUCGAGAUUGUUAAACACAUACUCGGAUGAGGAGUUUUUGGAAGAAUGUAGAGCGGAUUUUGGGGGCUUGGUGGGAAAAUGUGCAUUGCCGGCUUGGUUUGCUAUGAAGCCUAGUGUGUCUAGGUUUAAGAAGGGAGUGAGAAAACGGAAAGAGAAAAUAGAUUGA